AUUUUUUCCAUUUUCUCCACAAGGCAGCAACUUGUUCAUCUGAUUGAAUUCAGAAAUAGAGAGAGAAAGUGAAAGAGAGAGGAGGUAGAAAGAGAUGACUGUAGCAGCAGGUAUUGGGUAUGCAUUAAUAGCAUUAGGCCCUUCUCUAUCACUCUUUAUUUCUGUCAUCGCCAAAAAACCUUUCUUGAUCCUCACCGUUCUCUCCAGCACACUACUAUGGCUGGUGAGUUUGAUUAUGCUUUCAGGGCUUUGGAGGGGUUUUUUGCCUUUCAAGUCAACAGCAUGGUGGCCGUAUGCAAUUCUUGUCUUUACAUCUGUUUGCUUUCAGGAAGGACUUCGUAUUCUUCUAUGGAAAGCUUACCUGAGGUUGGAGGACAUGUUGGAUGCAUUUGCUGAUAGGCUUUCGAAACCUCGCCUGUUUCUGACUGAUAAGAUGCAAAUUGCUUUAGCUGGUGGCUUAGGUCAUGGUGUGGCUCAUGCUGUUUUUUUCUGCCUUAGCCUCUUGACACCUUCAUUUGGACCUGCAACUUACUAUGCUGACAGAUGCACAUGGAUGCCUUUCUUUCUUAUUUCGGCUAUUAUUGCUCUUGCAUUUGUUACCAUUCAUACAUUCUCAAUGGUGAUUGCCUUCAACGGAUAUGCUGAAUCGAAGAGAGUUGAUCAGUAUUUUGUUCCUAUAGUUCAUCUGAUUGCCGGAAUGCUGACACUCAUUAAUUUUGCUCCUGGUGGGUGCAUCAUUUCCAUUCCUUUGCUGUAUUUUAUGGCUGCGUUGACACUGAUUCAUUGUGGGAAGAUGGCGUGGAGAAGAUUAGUUGAUGAACAGCGUAGAGGGAUUACUUUGCAGUAGUCGGUCAUCUUUCUUACAAACUCAGUUACUUUGCCAGUCCCACAAUACUUCCUUAAUUAACCCAUACUCUUCAAGUACGCUAUAGAAUCUUCCUCCAACAAAUUUGCGAAUCUAUAUCGUUUAGAUUUUUCUCUUUUGAGCAAUCCAAUAUCCAAUUAUAGUCGAGAUAAAUGGUCAGAUUCAUUGAGGUUCAGACAAAAGGCUGAACGAGUGCAGUCUUUUAAAAAAAUUUACUGUAGGAUAUAUGCUUUAACAAUUACUGUUGACUUGUAAAUUUCAUAUUUAGCCUAAUUCAUAUGCUGCUUACUAUUACCUUGUAAAAUACGUAGUAUAUCAUUGUAACCUCAAUCAUUCAACAUGCUCUUUUAUUUCCC